CACUCAUACACGCAGGCGGAUGAGGUAGUACAAGCGGCCAGAGACGAGGCGCCGUGCGGUUAGUGAUUUGCUUACUAAAUGUCGGGACGGGCUUGAAUGCGGUGGUACCGGACCACGCACUGGCGGUGCCAGGCGAACUGCCUGCCUUCCAAAUUGGACCCGUUUCACCUUUGAAUUGGCGGUGGGUUUCAUGAGUCCGGUACUAUUCGAUGGCGCAGCGCUUUAGGAUGCACGAAACACCGCUGUAUCGUCUAGGGCGCCUGCAAGCGAUUGAAAAGCUCGAUGGAUUCUGCGCUGAGGAUGUAUUUGAUUGUGUUGUUGUUACGUUUCCACGGAACGUCGAACCCGUAAGGACUUCCGCACAGUGCAUGGGAAUCGAUGAAGCAUGCGGAGCGAUCACCAUGUUGCCAGGAUAAAUGAUGAUUGCCCUCAAUGAAAACAAGGAGGAGGGGUCUAGCUGCAGCACCAUGGCUGAAAAUGAGAACAAUCUGAAGACAGCCAGGUUAUGGAGAGAUGCAGCUUUGCGCUCCAGAAAGCUGAGGAGUGAUUUGCGUCAGCUUACCCUCAGCACUAAAAAUAGCCAAAAAAUCACUCUUCCCGAAAACAUCAAGGACAUCGAGGUUCUGAACGUUGGUAACAACUGUCUUCAGGAGCUCCCUGAGGGUUUGGGAUCAACGUUGACGAAACUGCGUAUCCUUAUCCUUCGCAGAAACAAGUUUGCCACUGUUCCCCAGGUCGUGUUUUUGCUCAGUCAGUUGGUAGAGCUGGAUAUCAGCCAUAAUUGUCUGAGUCAUUUUUCUGAGGAUAUUGUGCUGCUGAAGGGCUUGAAAAAGCUCUGCAUUAGUCACAACAAGAUUCAGUACCUGCCCUCGGGAAUUGGAGCUCUACAGUGCUUGGAGGAGCUGGAUAUCAGUUUCAAUGAGCUCCAUGAUUUUCCCAGGUCCUUCUCCCAGCUCAGGAAGCUCCGCACACUGGAUGCGGAUCACAACAAGCUACACCAUUUUCCCCUGGAAAUCCUGGCUUUAAGUGACCUGGAGGAACUAGACUGCUCCGGUAAUAAAUUUGAGUGUCUCCCCAAUAACAUUAUGAUGCUGGAGUCUAUCAAAAUCAUGUGGCUUAGCAACACGCUAAUAUCAUCUUUGCCAGAGACUUUCUGUGACCUGCGAAACCUGGAGAGCCUGAUGCUGGAUGGCAACGUGCUGGCAACUCUGCCCCAGUCUUUUUGGAAGCUGCAAAAGCUGAAAAUGCUUAAUCUCUCCUCGAACCUGUUUGAGGAUUUCCCUCAAGUCCUCCUCCGAAUCCGUGCUCUGGAGGAGUUGUAUUUGAGCAGAAACAGACUGACUUUUCUCCCAGAGGAGCUUGGCCAGCUGAUCAGGUUGGCCAAUUUGUGGCUGGACAAUAACAAAAUCACCUAUCUUCCAGACUCCAUUGUGGAUCUGGAGAGACUCGAGGAGCUCGUUUUACAGGGUAACCAAAUUGCCAUUCUUCCGGACGACUUUGGAAAGCUCGCCAAAGUGAACAUUUGGAAGGUGAAGGAUAAUCCUCUCAUUCAGCCUCCCUAUGAGGUCUGCAUGAAAGGUAUCCCUUACAUAGCAGCCUAUCAGAAAGAGCUGGCCAACUCUCAGCCUGCAGUGAAGCCUAGAUUAAAGCUGGUGCUAAUGGGGCAGAAGAAUGCUGGGAAAACGUGCCUCAGGCAGUGUGUCGUCAGCAAAGCACAGGACUCCAAGACCCAGGCGGGAAACAACGGCAUCGACGUGACGAACUGGGUGGCAGACAUCGCCCGAAGUCUCACGUUUAUAGUCUACGACCUGUCGGGGAUGCAGAACUAUGACCUGAUCAAGCCCUUCUUCCUCUCUCCGGGAGCCCUCUACAUCCUGGUGGUGAACCUGAAAACGUACUCGCCCCGGAGCUUCAAAGACCACGUGGGCUACUUCCUCCACCUGCUGAGCGCCAAGGUGCCCCACGCGGUGGUGCUGAUGGUGGGCACGCACAUGGACCUGUGCGAGGAGGUGGAGCUGGAGGAGAAGUGCCUGGACAUCCACCGGCAGAUCUCGCUGCAGGAGCGGCGCGCCACCGACUGCCUGCGGAGCAUGGCCGAGCAGGUGGACGAGGCGCUGGCGCUGGGCUUCGACGUCCGGACGUCCAGCCCGCACGUGCUCUUCUACGGCGUGUCCGACAAAAACCUGCGGCGCAAGAAGGCCCAGCUGCAGUACCUGCUCAACCACCGGCUGCAGAUCCUGUCGCCGGUGCUGCGCGUGAGCUGCGCGGGCGACGAGGAGCGGCGGCGCAACGUCGAGCGGCUCAAGGAGAAGCUGAUGUCCGUCGCCGACCACCGGGACAUCUUCCCCAACCUCCACCGCGUGCUGCCCAAGUCCUGGCAGAUGCUGGAGGAGCUCCACGCGAAACCGCAGGACCUCUGGCUCUCCUGGUGGGACUCGGCGCGCCUGGGCCUCCAGGCGGGGCUGACCGAGGACCGUCUCCAGAGCGCGCUCUCCUACCUGCACGAGUCCGGCAAGCUGCUCUACUUCGAGGACAGCCUGACGCUCAAGGAGUACGUCUUCCACAACCUGCCGCGCUUCAUCGCCAUCCUGAACGUCUUCUUCCAGCGCGACGCCGACGUCAUGCUGGACCGCCUGCUGGCCGAGACGGACGGCGAGGACCGCGUGCGCGCCGCGCAGAUGAGGCACCUGGCCGAGGGCUUCCUGCAGAACGGCCUGCUGCCGUCCAACGUCAUUCGGCUGCUGCUGCAGCCGCUCGUCCAGACGCAGCAGGACCUGUCGCUCAUCAUGGAGCUGCUGGAGAAGAUGGGCGUGUGCUACUGCAUCAACAAGCCGCGCACCAAGCCGCUCAACGGCGCCACCGUCUGGUACAAGUUCCCCAGCCACGUGAGCAACGAGGAGCCGCACGGCCAGGACUGGUGGAUGAGCGGGACGACCGGGGGGGCGUCGGCGGCAGCGGCAGCGCCCGUGUCCAGCCAGCUCUUCUCCGUGGAGCAGCUGCAGAUCGAGUACAGUUUCCCCUUCCUGUUCCCGCCGGGGCUGUUUGCGCGCUACAGCGCCCAGAUCAACGCGCACGUGGUGCAGCGCUCCGACAGCCGCCACCAGAUCUUCGCCUACCGCGGCAAAGUGCCCGUGGUGGUCAGCUACCGGCCCUCCCGCACGCGGCUGCAGGCCGAGGUGCUGUCCAUAGCCAGCUACGCGUCUUUGCCAAAUAUCUGGACAGCUUGGCAGGCCGUCACCCCCCUGGUGGAAGAGUUGAAUGUCCUUCUGCUGGAGUGGCCCGGCCUCCACUACUCUGUGCAUGUGCUGUGUUCCAAGUGCCUGAAAAGAGGCUCGCCAAACCCACAUUCCUUCCCAGGCGAGCUACUGAGCCAGCCCCGACCAGAGGGCCUGACUGAAAUCAUCUGCCCCAAGAACGGCUCCGAGCGGGUCAACGUGGCGCUUGUGUACCCCCCCACCCCCACCGUGGUCAGCCCCUGUCUCAAGUGACUCUCUGCCCCCGCGGCUGCCAGCACCACGCCUUGCUCUUGCCCCUCCUGGGCCACCCCCUCCGGGUCCCCCUUGGCCUUCUCCUGAACACACACCCCCUCCCAGGGGGUCACUCCUGUGUCUGACCCACACCUCACCUGACCUUCACCCCCACCUGCUCAGGAGAACACAGCUUGACUAGACACACACACACACACACACACACACACACACACACACACACACAGUUGGGACAACACACCCACCCACACACAUAAUGAGAAUGAUUCUUAAAAAUGAAUUUGUUAUCCCAGUUAAGAGGUGAAUUGUGCAGCACCCAUGACACACAUGUUAAAGAAUUUGCAUGGAAUUGUCAUGGCUUAAACCCUUAAGGUUGCCAUGACAGAAAGAAUGAGAUGGUAUGGAUUCUCCUUUGUUGUCAUGGCAACCACUUGUACUAUUUGUUCUACGCAACAUGUGCCCCCCUCCCUGGUUAGGCCUCUCUGUUGGGGACAGACGACUGGUUAGACUUCUGUUGGGGACAGACGACUGGUAAGGCCUCUCUGUUGGGGUGUUGAGGACAGAUGACUCAUUAGGCCUCUCUGUUGGGGACAGACGACUGGUUAGACUUCUGUUGGGGACAGACGACUGGUAAGAACGCUCUCUGUUGGGGACAGAAGACUGGUUAGAACUCUCACUGUUGGGGACAGACGACUGGUUAGGCCUCUCUGUUGGGGUGUUGAGGACAGACGACUGGUUAGGCCUCUCUGUUGGGGACAGACGAUUGGUUAGAUCUCUCUGUUAGGGACAGACGAUUGGUUAGGCCUCUCUUUUGGGGAAAGACGACUGGUUAGGCCACUCUGUUGUGUUGAGGACAGACGACUCAUUAGGCCUCUCUGUUGGGGACAGACGACUGGUUAGACUUCUGUUGGGGACAGACAACUGGUAAGAACGCUCUCUGUUGGGGACAGACGACUGGUUAGAACUCUCAUUGUUGGGGACAGACGACUGGUUAGGCCUCUCUGUUGGGGUGUUGAGGACAGACGACUGGUUAGGCUUCUGUUGGGAACAGAUGACUGGUUAGAACUCUGACGGGCCUCUCUCAGUUGGGGAACACAUGCUUGGUCACAGACAAGUCUUUCUCACUCCUUCUGGGAGGAUAAAGUCGUAGCCACAGUGCCUGCCCACACUUUCAAUCACAGCUGUGGUUCCAGCACACAGACACACAUCUCAUGUCACACAGCCUCAACCCACACACACACACACACACACACACACACACACACACACACACACACACAGUAGGUCCAGAAAGGAAAACCCCUGGCCAUUGUAGUUGUACACCUGUGGGAAGAGAGGUGGAGAGGGGAUCAGACCAGUGGAUGGAUGCAUGCAUAGGGGAGGGGACAGGGUCUCUUGUUGGACAGAAAACAGCCCGUUUGAAAGAAGCAACUGGACUGGGUGGCAAAAGAUUUGUGGACUGUUAGACGGCUUGUGACAAACACACACACUCAUCAACCCUCACAAAGGUGCAAGCCAAACACUGACAUCUGAGAGUGUAGUUUAAAAAAUGUUGCAUAUCAAAGUGCUGGGUUAGUAGGACAUCAACCACAAAUUCAGCAUGACCUAUUCUAGCCUCAAUUCCCACUCAUGACUUUGUAAACUUUUCCCAACGCACCGACAUGGAAAACGCACGCCUCUUCACUUCCUGUUCAGUGUUCCGAGGAAGAGAAAGCCCGAACUGGUUGUCAGCAGCGCCUUCUGUCGUCACGGAGAUGGCCGCAGCCAGCGGCUCGUCAGUUAAGAGGCAGGACAAAGAAAAGCCUCUCACCCUCACGGACAUGAGCAGGUGUGGAAGUGCACACACACACACACUUACACACACACACACACAGGUGUGGAGUAAGUCACACCAAAUUUGAUAUCAGCUCCUGCGCUGCCCUGUUUUGUCAACCCUCUCGAAGAGCGCCCAGUUGUCCUCGGUGAUAGUCGGGCCUCCUCGAUGUCUCCUCUCCAUUUUGUACAGUACGUCUGAGCAGACCAGAGGCUUCUCAGGAGUGUUGUGCAAUGGGAGGCACCUCCAUACAAGCCAAGGAUAUUAUUCUUUUUGUGGAUUGUGGGAAGGGUUUGGGAUAUAUCAUACCAUGCCCCUUGUGUUUUUUUGUAAAGCACUAAACAUUGUUUUAAGCAUUGUUCCAAAAAAAAUGUGUAUAUUUGUGUGUAUAUACAAAUGUGUACAGAGCAGUUAAAGAGGAAGACGUUGUAGGUGUGUUGAGUCGGGCAACAUGUCAUUAAUCAGCACUCUGUUGUAUCACAAAUGGCGAAGAAGAAUCCAUUUCAGUAGUUUCCCUGCGGGGAACCGGGGCAGGGUGGGUGGAGGUGGGGGGGCGUAUUGCAAUAUGUCAAAUGUUGACACUUUUUUGUAUAUAAUAUUUUUAUUUUUGUAAGUCGACUGAAGGUUGUCACCGAUCCACCUUCUUCAGCGUUAUUCAGAACUGAGCAUUGUGCAUGACCCACCUGCUGGAUGGCAGAAUGUACAGUGCAAAUGGUUUUCUAUUCUCUCAGAUAGCCGCCAUCUCUGGAACGGAUCUGGCCCGGAUCUGGCUCUGAUCUGGCCCUGAUCUGGCUCUGAUCUGGCCCUGAUCUGGCUCUGGUCUGGCCCUGAUACGUGCCAGGUGUCCGCUCUCUGGGAUUUCUUGCUGGUUCGUCCAUUUCACACUUCAUGAAAAAGCACCAAAUACAAUAAAACAAAUAAAA